GAAUAUCUCUUUCUCAUCAUUUUUACAGUGGAAGCAUUUUUAAAAGUAAUAGCAUAUGGACUUCUCUUUCACCCCAAUGCUUACCUCCGCAAUGGCUGGAAUUUACUAGAUUUUAUAAUUGUGGUAGUAGGGCUGUUUAGUGCAAUUUUAGAACAAGCAACCAAAGCAGAUGGGGCAAAUGCAUUAGGAGGAAAAGGGGCUGGAUUUGAUGUAAAAGCUCUGAGGGCUUUCCGAGUGCUACGCCCCUUACGUCUGGUGUCUGGAGUACCAAGUCUACAAGUGGUUUUAAAUUCCAUCAUCAAGGCCAUGGUCCCACUGCUGCAUAUUGCCUUGCUUGUGUUAUUUGUCAUAAUCAUCUAUGCCAUCAUUGGAUUGGAACUCUUCAUGGGGAAGAUGCACAAAACUUGCUACAACCAGGAGGGUUUAACAGAUGCCCCAGUAGAAGAUGACCCUUCUCCCUGUGCCCUUGACACGGGACAUGGACGACAGUGCCAGAAUGGCACCAUAUGUAAAGCAGGGUGGGAUGGACCCAAACACGGCAUCACCAACUUUGACAAUUUCGCCUUCGCCAUGUUAACUGUGUUCCAGUGCAUUACAAUGGAGGGCUGGACGGAUGUGCUGUACUGGGUCAAUGAUGCCGUAGGAAGGGACUGGCCCUGGAUCUAUUUUGUUACACUAAUCAUCAUAGGGUCAUUUUUUGUUCUUAACUUGGUUCUCGGUGUCCUUAGCGGAGAAUUUUCCAAAGAGAGAGAGAAGGCAAAGGCUAGAGGAGACUUCCAAAAGCUGCGAGAGAAGCAGCAGCUGGAAGAGGACCUCAAAGGCUACUUGGACUGGAUCACUCAAGCUGAAGAUAUUGACCCUGAGAAUGAAGAUGAAGGAAUGGAUGAGGAGAAGCCCAGAAAUAGAAGCACUCCGGCUGGCAUGAUUGAUAAGAAGAAAGGGAAGUUUUCUUGGUUUAGUCACUCCACAGAAACCCAUGUGAGCAUGCCCACAAGUGAGACAGAGUCCGUCAACACUGAAAACGUGGCUGGAGGCGACAUCGAGGGAGAGAACUGUGGGGCGAGACUGGCGCACCGAAUCUCCAAAUCAAAGUUCAGCCGUUACUGGCGCAGAUGGAACCGGUUCUGCAGAAGGAAGUGCCGAGCUGCUGUCAAAUCCAAUGUUUUCUAUUGGCUUGUUAUUUUCCUUGUAUUUCUCAACACACUCACCAUUGCCUCAGAGCACUACAACCAGCCCCACUGGCUCACGGAAGUCCAAGACACUGCCAACAAGGCCCUGCUGGCUCUUUUCACUGCAGAGAUGCUGUUGAAGAUGUACAGCCUUGGUCUCCAGGCCUAUUUUGUGUCUCUGUUCAACCGCUUUGACUGCUUCAUUGUGUGUGGAGGAAUCCUGGAGACCAUCCUGGUAGAGACCAAGAUCAUGUCCCCCUUGGGAAUCUCAGUGUUGAGAUGUGUCCGGCUGCUGAGGAUAUUUAAAAUUACAAGGUAUUGGAAUUCCUUGAGCAACCUGGUAGCAUCAUUACUGAAUUCAGUGAGAUCAAUUGCUUCACUCCUGCUGCUCCUUUUCCUCUUCAUCAUCAUCUUCUCUCUCCUGGGGAUGCAGCUCUUUGGUGGAAAGUUCAACUUUGAUGAGAUGCAGACCCGGAGGAGUACAUUUGAUAAUUUCCCCCAGUCUCUUCUCACUGUGUUUCAGAUCCUGACCGGGGAGGACUGGAAUUCGGUGAUGUAUGAUGGGAUCAUGGCUUAUGGAGGGCCCUCUUUUCCAGGGAUGUUAGUCUGUAUUUACUUCAUCAUCCUUUUCAUCUGUGGAAACUACAUCUUACUGAAUGUAUUCUUGGCCAUUGCUGUGGACAAUCUGGCUGAUGCUGAGAGUCUCACAUCUGCUCAGAAAGAAGAGGAGGAGGAAAAAGAGAGGAAGAAGCUAGCCAGGACUGCCAGCCCUGAAAAGAAGCAAGAGGUGGAGAAACCAGCUGUGGAGGAAACCAAGGAGGAGAAAAUUGAGCUAAAAUCAAUUACUGCUGAUGGGGAGUCUCCACCUUCCACAAAGAUCAAUGUGGAUGACCUCCAACCCAAUGAAAAUGAGGAGAAAGGUUCCUAUCCCAAUCCAGAAGCUGGAGGAGAAGAAGAGGAAGAGGAGCCUGAGAUGCCUGUGGGCCCCCGUCCUCGCCCACUCUCUGAAUUGCACCUCAAGGAGAAAGCAGUACCCAUGCCAGAAGCCAGUGCAUUUUUCAUCUUUGGCCAUAACAACAGGUUCCGUCUUCAGUGCCAUCGCAUUGUCAACAACAAUGUUUUUACCAAUCUGAUCCUCUUCUUCAUUCUGCUCAGCAGCAUCUCCCUGGCUGCUGAGGACCCAGUCCGCCACAACUCCUUUCGGAACCAAAUUCUGUUUCAUUUUGAUAUAGUUUUUACUACCAUUUUCACCAUUGAAAUUGCUCUGAAGAUGACCGCCUAUGGGGCUUUCCUCCACAAGGGCUCUUUCUGCAGGAACUACUUCAACAUCUUGGACCUCCUCGUGGUCAGCGUGUCCCUGAUCUCCUUCGGUAUCCAGUCCAGUGCCAUCAAUGUUGUCAAGAUCUUGAGAGUUCUUAGAGUACUCAGACCCCUGAGAGCUAUCAAUCGGGCCAAGGGAUUAAAGCAUGUGGUCCAGUGUGUGUUUGUUGCUAUCCGAACCAUAGGGAACAUUGUGAUUGUCACGACGCUUCUGCAGUUCAUGUUUGCCUGCAUUGGGGUACAGCUGUUCAAGGGCAAACUCUACACCUGCACAGACAGUUCCAAACAGACUGAGGCAGAAUGCAAGGGCAAUUAUAUCACGUACAAAGAUGGUGAGGUAGAUCAUCCCAUAAUUCAGCCUCGAAGUUGGGAGAAUAGCAAAUUUGACUUUGACAAUGUCUUGACUGCCAUGAUGGCCCUCUUCACUGUCUCCACCUUUGAGGGGUGGCCAGAGCUUCUAUACCGAUCCAUCGACUCACACACUGAAGAUAAGGGACCCAUCUACAACUAUCGAGUAGAGAUCUCCAUCUUCUUCAUCAUCUACAUCAUCAUCAUCGCCUUCUUUAUGAUGAAUAUCUUUGUGGGUUUCGUCAUUGUCACCUUCCAGGAGCAGGGAGAACAGGAGUACAAGAACUGUGAACUGGACAAGAACCAGCGACAGUGCGUAGAAUAUGCUCUCAAGGCUCGACCCUUGAGAAGGUACAUCCCCAAGAACCAACACCAGUAUAAAGUGUGGUAUGUGGUCAAUUCCACCUAUUUUGAAUACUUGAUGUUCGUCCUCAUCCUUCUCAACACCAUCUGCUUGGCCAUGCAGCACUACGGUCAAAGCUGUCUUUUCAAAAUUGCCAUGAACAUUCUCAACAUGCUCUUCACUGGCCUCUUCACUGUCGAGAUGAUCCUGAAACUCAUUGCAUUCAAACCCAAGGGUUACUUUAGUGAUCCUUGGAAUGUUUUUGACUUCCUGAUCGUAAUUGGCAGCAUUAUUGACGUCAUUCUCAGUGAGACUAAUCCAGCUGAACAUACCCAAUGCUCUCCCUCUAUGAAUGCAGAGGAGAAUUCCCGGAUCUCCAUCACCUUCUUCCGUCUCUUCCGGGUCAUGCGUCUCGUCAAGUUGCUGAGCCGUGGGGAGGGCAUCCGCACCCUGCUCUGGACUUUCAUCAAAUCUUUCCAGGCUCUACCCUAUGUGGCUCUUCUGAUAGUGAUGUUGUUCUUCAUCUAUGCUGUCAUUGGAAUGCAGGUGUUUGGCAAAAUUGCCCUGAAUGAUACCACAGAAAUCAAUCGGAACAACAACUUCCAGACCUUUCCUCAAGCUGUGCUGCUACUCUUCAGGUGUGCCACAGGAGAAGCAUGGCAAGAUAUCAUGCUGGCCUGUCUUCCAGGAAAGAAAUGUGCUCCUGAGUCUGAGUCAAGUAACAGUACUGAGUCAGAAACGUACUGUGGCAGCAGCUUUGCCGUGUUCUAUUUUAUCAGUUUCUACAUGCUCUGUGCCUUUCUGAUCAUCAACCUCUUUGUAGCUGUCAUCAUGGACAACUUUGACUACCUGACAAGAGACUGGUCCAUCCUAGGUCCCCAUCACUUGGAUGAAUUCAAAAGGAUCUGGGCAGAAUAUGACCCCGAAGCUAAGGGUCGUAUCAAACACCUGGACGUGGUAACCUUACUCCGGAGGAUCCAGCCCCCUCUGGGGUUUGGAAAGCUGUGCCCUCAUCGAGUGGCAUGCAAACGUCUGGUGUCCAUGAACAUGCCUCUGAACAGUGAUGGGACUGUAAUGUUCAAUGCUACCUUAUUUGCCCUGGUCAGGACAGCCUUGAGGAUCAAAACAGAAGGGAACCUGGAACAAGCCAAUGAAGAGUUGCGAGCAAUUAUCAAGAAGAUCUGGAAACGGACUAGCAUGAAGCUCCUAGACCAAGUGGUUCCUCCAGCUGGUGAUGAUGAGGUGACUGUUGGGAAGUUCUACGCCACCUUCCUGAUCCAAGAGUAUUUCCGAAAAUUUAAGAAGCGCAAAGAGCAAGGGCUAGUAGGCAAGCCUUCCCAAAGGAAUGCACUGUCUCUACAGGCUGGUCUUCGUACACUGCAUGAUAUUGGACCAGAGAUUCGACGGGCCAUCUCUGGGGACCUGACAGCCGAGGAGGAGUUGGACAAGGCCAUGAAGGAAGCUGUUUCUGCUGCCUCUGAAGAUGACAUCUUUAGGAGGGCCGGUGGCCUGUUUGGCAAUCAUGUCACCUACUACCAAAGCGAUGGUCGAAGCUCCUUCCCCCAGACCUUCACCACCCAGCGCCCACUGCAUAUCAACAAGGCGGGUAACAGCCAAGGCGACACAGAGUCACCAUCCCAUGAGAAACUGGUGGACUCCACAUUCACUCCCAGCAGCUACUCAUCCUCUGGUUCCAAUGCCAACAUCAACAACGCCAACAACACUGCCCUGGGCCGCUUCCCCUGUCCCACCGGUUACCCCAGUACGGUCAGCACAGUGGAGGGCCAUGGGACCCCCUUGUCCCCUGCCAUCCGGGUGCACGAGACAGCAUGGAAGCUCAGCUCCAGGAGAUACCACUCCCGGGACAGCCGGAUAGCUAUGAUGUGUCCCGAGGAGGCAGCCCCCACCAAGAGCUUUGAAGGGAACGUGAAUGAGGACACAGAAUACUGCAGCGAGCCCAGCCUGAUCUCCACUGAGAUGCUCUCCUAUCAGGAUGAUGAAAACAGACAACUGACACCUCCAGAAGACAAAACUAGGCAAUCUAUGAAAAGAGGUUUCCUUCACUCUUCCUCACUAGGUCGAAGAGCCUCUUUCCAUUUGGAGUGUCUAAAGCGACAAAAGAACCAAGGGGGAGACAUCUCUCAGAAGACAGUGUUGCCCUUGCAUCUGGUUCAUCACCAGGCACUGGCAGUGACAGGUCUCAGCCCUCUCCUUCAGAGAAGCCAUUCUCCAAGUACCACAUUCCCUAGGCCAAGUGCUACCCCCCCAGCAACUCCUCAUGGCCAAGCCUGGCCGCAACAGCCCAUUCCCACACUGUGGUUAGAAGGAGCGGAGUCCAAUGAGAAGCUCAACAGCAGCUUCCCAUCCAUCCACUGCAGUUCCUGGUAUGCAGAGAAUGCCAGCUGUGGAGCCAGCAGAGGCGGUGCCUCCCGGAGAGCCCGGCCAGUCUCCCUCACUGUGCCCAGCCAGUCUGGGGCAGCUGGCAGGCAAUUCCAUGGCAGUGCUAGCAGCCUAGUUGAAGCGGUCUUGAUUUCGGAAGGACUGGGACAGUUUGCCCAAGAUCCCAAGUUCAUCGAAGUCACAACCCAAGAACUUGCUGAUGCCUGUGAUAUGACAAUAGAGGAGAUGGAGAAUGCAGCUGACAAUAUUCUCAGUGGUAGCAGCAAGCAGAGCCCCAAUGGCAACCUAUUACCUUUUAUUAACUGCAGGGACGCGGGGCAGGACCAAGCAGGUGGUGAGGAGGAGGAGGGAAUGCCCAACCCCGAAUGUCGAAAGAGUCAGGAGGAGCUCCAGGACAGCAGAGUUUAUAUCAGCAGCCUGUAGUUGCUGGGGCUGUCGUGAUUCGGGGUUUUUUUUAAUUUGUUUCAAUGUUCCUAAUAGGUUCGUUUCAGAAGUGCCUCACUGUUCUCGUGACCUGGAGUUAACCGGAACAGCGUUCUUCAUUCAUUUCUGUUGGGAUGAGAGACAGAGUUGGGUGGUGAUGAGAAAGAGCUUUUCAGGGGAAAGGGAAGCAUCAACCCCAGUCCACAAGUGUAGAGUGGUGAGGAGGUGGAAGAUAAGGGAGGGAGGAGAGAGAGAACAGGGACCUGCCCCUCCUUGCUUCAGGCCCCAUCCCAGAAAGUGACCAGCUGCCUACUGUGCAAGAAGGAUAAUAUCAAUUUUCUGUGGGCCACCCUCAUGAAAAGGACCCUGCAUCAAAUGGGUGUCUUUCAAGUUUGCUUGUAAAAAAAAAAUUCAUUUUUGCACAUAUUCUGUAUGAGCCUCACUGUCUCCAUAGAGCCAGGGCCCUAUGGAUUUGGAAAAGAAAAUGGCGGCAUGACUUCUGCUGAAGAUCCCAACUCUUUGCCAGAGGGGGAGGAAAAAGAGGAAGAAAGAUGGAAGGAGGAGCUUUUAGGAGAGGGGAACAGGGGGAUGGCAGGGGGAGUGCCCAGAGAGGUACUGCUGCAGAUACAAGCCAAGAAUCCCAGGUGGUUGGGCAAGCAGCUCUGGCCACAACUGCCCCUUCAGGUUGGGGGGUCACAUGCCUGCAAAAGCCACACAACGCUCUGCACUAGCAGUGGUGCUGAGAAGUCAAGGCUUACAGGGGAUUGGCACUGCCCACCAACGUAGCUCACCUUACAAAGUAAGGUGGAACAGGGCUUCUGUAGAGUGCUCAUUUGUUUUUGCCGUUUUUGAUAUUUUUCUUGGCAGCAUGUUCCAAUUUCCAUUUUUAAUUUUGAUUUUUGAGGGUUCAGGGAGGAAAGAGAGUGUUUACUAGGCUUUUAAGCCACCCACCUUAUCAUUUUAACUUUGGCAAAUGUAAAUCAGGUUUGAUUUCAUUGUAUUAUUUAAACGGUUGUGUUCUUGUUUAUUUUUGCUGAUGGUGGAAGGAGGGGUUCUUUUUCCCCAUUGGAGAUUCAUUAGAAACUAUUAUAGGAGAGUUUUACCAACACCUGUGUAUGCCCAAGACUUUAUUAUUUUUUUCCUUUGGUAGUAACAGAAACCGGGGGGGGGGGCGGGAGUGGGGUGUUUUGUUCUAUAAUUUAAAGAUAGUAGGCAGUGCACCCAGUGUGCUGUGUGCACACAUGGGAGUGCUCGAGUUGGGUUCAUUUUCAAUUGGAUAUGUUCAUGAAUGCCAGAGAUAGAGGUGUGUAUGUGUGUGUUGAUGUGCCUAAUAGGUUGAGUUGGGUGAUACUGCAUGGGUGUGUAUGUGUAUGUAUGCGUGCAUGCAUGUGCAGUUCUCCACUCUUUGGGUCAGCCCUACAGGGAGAUCUGAUUCUGGGGCCAUUUGAAUGCAAAAAAAAAAACAAACCACUGUCUCUGUUUCUGAAAGGGAAAUCAGUAACUCUCUGCAUUUUCUGUUCCACAAGAUAUGCAAAAACAAUGCAAUAAUAUUAAUUUUAACUACAAUUGUGAGUCAUGUUGGCAUUAAAAUUGUAUAGAGAUGAAAAACAACAACAGUAAUUUAAGGGGGGGAAAAACAACCCAAGAAGGAGUUUUGCUUCGAUAUAUAUUCCAUGUGAUGUUUUAUUGCAUUGAUAAUGUUUCUGUUGAAGAAACCGUAAUACUUGAAUUCAGGUCAGUUUCAGUAUUUUUCAAAUAUUUUUUUAAAACUGAAUUGCAAUUGUGCCAAGCAAAUAUAAUGAAUUGAAUUAAGUUUGUUUUCGAAUUCACUUCUUGUAUAUUUGGCUGCAUGUAAAGUAAACCAUUUUGUAUUUGGAGCGUGAUAAGCUUUCCCUGUGGACUCUUUAAAUGUUUUUUUUUUCUCGUAUAAUUGGGGAAGAGGAAAGACUUUUUUAAAAACAUGUACAAUAAGCAAAAACAUUACUGGAGUAAGUAACUAUUCUGUGGUUCUCAGCUGGAUGGGUUGGUGAUGACUGAUUUUGCAUAUCUUGUGCUCCCUCUUCCCUCUCUCCCUCAAGAAUGGCAGAGUUGGAUAGCCCAGUACAGGACUUAGCUUUCAGAAACUAGGAUCUUUUUCUUCCCUUCUUCACAUCUCCAGUCUGCCUGGAUCCUCUCAAAUGAUGCUUUUCUUCUAAGAUGAGCCAUAUUCUUAUAUACCCAAGGAAGCCUGCUUACCAUAAGCCUGGCUUUCAUUUCUACUAUAAUUGAGUUAACAUCACCAUCAUUUCCCAAUCUAGUCAAGGAUGUGGCUAAUUUUUUUUUCAAUUCCCUCAACAAAAACUUUGCUUGCCAAUUUCCUGGACAUAUUAUAUUAGAGAAAUGAGUGAUGAGAAUGCUGGGUAAUAGAUUUUAAUAUAGUCACUCUGAAAUCUCCCUCCUCGCAAGAACUUAUGGUGAUGACUUGAGCAAGGGUUGGAUUGUUGUCAUUGCUUCCAUCCUGAAGACUAAAUUGUUCUAUUCCCAUCCCCACCCCACCUUCACUCUCACCUUUAUCUCAAAAAAUUAUCCUAGAUUAAUUCAUACUACCAGGCAGUAAUAAGAAGGACCUGUGGAGGUCCUUCAGGCUGGCAGAGUUUAGAAUGUCUUUGGAAGAAAUGCUUAGAAGCAUUUUAUUUUAUGCUCUUUGACAUCUGCCUGAGAUAUAUGUACUUUUAUCUUCACACAUUUCCCAACACUUUUGCCUGGUAGCAGGAAAGGAGCCAAAUUAGGGAUUAUGAAGCUUGAUUCUUGAAUCUCUUCCACUCACCAGUUUUCUUUUGAUCCUUUCUAUGAGCAAUGUAGACUAGAAGUUGAAAUUUUGAAAAGUUCAUUUUUAUGGAGAGGAUGAGCUUUCCUACCAUGUAGGAUUCAAAAAGGAUCUUAAAAGAAUCAAGAAGAAUUAUUUCAUAAGGAAGACUUUCUACUAGAAAAAAAUCUUCACCUCAGGUUUUAGUCCAGAGAGGACUGGAAAAUGAGCUAAAGAUAUGAGCGCUUCUCCAGAUCCAUCUUAUUUGAGCUUCCUGGUUUGUUUUUUAUUUACAUAUGAGUCUUCUGAGACCCACUGUGGCCACUACCCUGGAAUAGCUUUUAUUGAGAUCUCUGUUCCAAUCAGGAGAGGAGCUUAGGGCUUGAGUACUUUCUAUACAGUUAGUCCCUAUAUAAAGAAAUAGAGAUCUUAUUAUAAGUAUUAUGUUUAUCCUUUCAUACAGUUUACUAGUUUUCUUCUUCUGAAAUUGUCAGCCACAUAACUUACUAAUAAUAUAUUGCAACAUGAGACUAUUAGGUUAACACUCAUGUCAAAUUAUCCUGUCUACUCUCCCAAGUCUUCUCUAGAGAAAAUACUUUCAAGAAAACCAUAGUAACUCAAGUCUGUACCCUACAAGGCAAUGAUAUUGAUAAUAAUAAUUCCCUACCAUAUGCUUAGCCCUAAUGCUCAGAAAGUUCUCCCUUUCUAGAUCAAUGGAUCUUUAACCUAAUUUUUGUGGUCUGCCAAUUUUAUGUCAAUCAUAGUGAUUUGGUAAAAUUUUCCUACAUCCAAGAGGAAAACCAAAAGGUUUCAUUCUUCCCAUGGUAGAAUAGAAACCCUACUUAUAUUCCAGGGACUAGAGACCACUUUGAAGGGUACAUUCACCAGCCUUUUAAAUAUUCAUCUGGAGUGAUGGAAGCAAAGCAGUUAAAAUGGUUAAAGGUGGCAAGAGCUUAAAGAAGUAUAGAUUAGGUUGGUUUGGGAACUGGAGGUUCCAUUUUUACUUGCCCAUUGUCUAAUGUCAAUCAGAAGCAAACUAUUUUCUUUCUAGAUAUUGGUUUGUGGCUUACUUCAGACUGUAAAAGAAAAGAUUCUUUUGUCAUAUUAUGCAUCAAUUCUUCUUAGAUAUCUUCCACAACUGACUGUUUCUACAAGAUUUCCGUGGACUAAAAGCAAAAGUGAAAUUCAUUGUUAUGAUUUGUGCUUCAUUAAUGAAUAUUUCCAUAACUUAAAUCAUUAGUUCUUAUUGUCAUCCACUCAGCUCUGUCAAAAUAGUAAACAUUUAUUCUUUUCAGAAAAUCAGUCCUUGUGAUUGUGACCAAGAAGUAAGACUACCAGAAUUCUGUUUUUCCUUCCCUCUCUUCACCUUUUUCAUCAUUUGGUUAGGUUUCAAAUUUCAGCUUCUUCUCUGCAAUGUUGCUGCCAUCCCAUCACCUUAUCAAAAUCAUCCCUUUUCCACAAGUCCCCUAAAUGAGAAUAAGGGGACAGAAAAAAAUCCAUGUCCUUCUGUCAAUCUUUUGUGAAAAAUGAAGAGCACACCAUUCCUUCCUUCAAAAAGUCAGCAAGCAUUUAUUAAUCACCUAUUCUUUGCAGAGCAUUGUACUAGACUCUAGGAGUGAUAGGUUAAAUUAGUCAUGGUAUGUGGCCUCAUAGAUCUAAAUAUCAUCUGUCACCAGGAAGGACAGAACAAGAAGAAAUGAACAAACCAGAUUUAGCUUAGACUUAAUGUAGUGUUGACUGGUAGGCAAAAGUUCAAUCCUGUAGCAUCAGGUAGUUAAUCAGAAGUGACAGCAUCUCCAUUCCUGGAAAUAUGGAGAAGAGAGAUCAAUGUUAUACUACAGGUGGUUCUGAAGUCAAAGAUUCUGUAACUGUACUUUAGAAAAAAAACAAUAGAGUCAUAAAUGGAAUCUUCUGGUCUAUCUGGUCCAAUCCCAUUCUUUAAGGAAAGUGAAGACAUGAAACACAUAUAGAGCAAAGAGCGUCUACCUUUUUUAGGAAGGGGGAAAAGGUGAAAGGGAAGGCCAUCAUCCUCUGUCUACACCUGCUUUCUCAGUCUAAUCAUUGCACAGAAACCAGUAGUAUGGGCUUUGAAAGGCCUAAGGUGUCUCCUUGAGGGAGAAAAGAAAUAAAUUAUUUUAUUCUUGACUUGUCCUUUCAUCCUCUCAGCAAGAUCAUAUAAUUUGGAAGGAAAUAAACAUUUAUAUUGAUGCCAUUAUAACCUCUCUCUCCCUGGGCUGAACUCUUCUUGUUAUUGCUAGAGCACCUCUCAGCCUUUUAUAUCAGGUGUUUUUCUUUCUUUUUUCCCAUCUGGAAUAACAGGUGGGAAGAGAGCCUGAAUUCAUAGAAUUUCCUGACACCUCAGAUCUGGCUGUCCAACAGGUGUCUUUUUUUAUUGGGAUAUGGGAUUGAAGGCAACAUUCAGGUUAUGACCAAGAGUUAAAUUUCCUUCUCACUUCACUAAUCUGCUCCCUCAUCUCUUCUCUAUCCCCUUUUUCCAACUCUUAUACAUAUUAUGGCCAGAAAGAAAUAGAAAGAGGUAGCCUACACAUGGUUUGCUUUGUUUUCCAAUUUUCACUUCAACUUCUCCAUAAUGAUAUCACUGCCAACAACUGACCAAUGUCAAAUGCAUUUUUAAAAAUAUCUCCUGAUGUUUUUCAAAGCAAUGUUUCUUUGCUUUGUUAAGAUUAACACCAGCCUAGCAGAUGAAUGGAUCUUCUGUGUUUCUGAAUUGUUUCAAAAAAUGUGUGAGCUGUCAAUACAUAGCACAUCUACACACAGUUGUUCUCCUGCAGGCCUAAACGUGGGCCAAAAAGUUAGCCAAAGCCCCAGACAAAUGACUUUAUGAUACUGCCAGGACAGAUGCUAUAUAAAGUGGCACUCAGAGAAACCCAGAAUAUUGAAACAGCAUAGGUUGUUGCUGCUAAAAUCAAGGUGAUUUUUUUCUCACCUCUUAAGAAAUUUGUGAUUCAUGGGCAAGGAAGUGAUCAAGGAGUCAAAGGCAAGUUGGGUUUUCUGGUAUAUUAAUGGAUGACAGAUUUUUGUUUCUAAAAAAGAAUUAGAAUUGAAUUUAGUCAGAGACCAAUUCAACAAGGGGAGUUGAAAGGAGUAGGAUUUUCUGUGAAAAUUCUAUGCUCCUCUAGUCUCCAGGAAGACAUAGAUGGCCCAUCCAUGAAUUAAAUAAAAACUUGAAGUAUCAUCUCAGCAAAACUAAACUCCUUCCUUUGGGGUUCAUGUAACACCACCAUUCUUCAAAUCAAAAUAGUUCAGCUUCCAUAAGUCAUCUAGAUAGGGGAAAAUAGAAUUUAGCUAAGUGAGUCAUUUUUUCUUACUGAUUCAUCAACAGAAAAUCAGGUGUACAGAUCAUAUGCAGAAAAAAUAUAUAUUUCCAUAGGACUUUCUAGAAGAUAUGUGGAUAUUUCAUGAGGAUAACUUCUAUGAAAAGGAAUAUGCUAGCCAGUGAACAGGUUCUUUCAUGAGUUUUUCAUCCCAGGAGAAUAUCUUUGGCAUUUCUUUUCCUGGUAAUAUGAAGGUCUUAAAAGUAUAACAAGGAAGAAGGAAAUUCAAAGGCACAGGAAUGAAACAUCUAGUUUCAGUUAUAGCUGAAAGCAGACAGGUUUCACUCAUUUACAGAAAGUAUUAAUUGAGUUUUCACUCAGGUUCAAAAGAAGAAUAGGCUCUGCUCUGGAGAGCUACAGCAAAUAUUAGAGAGGAACUGAUCACUGGAUCCUAUGGUACACUAUUCAUAAACUUCCUGUUUUGAAGUGACUUCACCAAAGUUAUAAAACUUGAAAAUCAAGGGCAAACAGUCCUGUCUAAAGGGCUCCCUCAGAAAGUCAUCUUCAUUGAACUGAAUACUACAAACUCUUUUCACCAUCUGCAUUAACAAAGACUUAUCACUCCUGACCAUAUUUUGUGGAUUCAUCUCAUUCCCUUUAUUCUCAGACUCAUAUAUCUUGGGAUUUUCCCUAGCUCACCCUCCGGAACUAACUGCCCUUCCCAGAAGAGGUGAUGCUUUUCUCAAAACUUCUUGGGAGGAAGAUCUCAUUGGUACACAGCACCACACAUAUGACCAUACUGAGAAUUCAUUCUUAUUGGUGGGGCUGUACUAAUGGUGACUGAGAAAGAAUCAAAGGGAAAAUGCACACCUUCCUUGGGCUAGGAAAUAGGAGGAGGAGGACUUGGGGGGAGUCUUCCAGUUGGUCAAGUAUCAUAUCAUCUGUUUCAAAUACUAGUCUUGUUACUUUGCUGUUUCAUUUUAAUAUCAGAGUUGUUGAACAAAACCUCCCUUUGGAAUAAAUGAUGCCCCAUGUAUUCCUUGCCCAAUUUCCUGAUCCUUGACCAACCACCUUUUUCCCCCAUGUCCACUCACAGUCAUGUUCCUCACCUCCCUUAACUCAGAGACAUAAACAGUGCCUCUAUUGUUAACACCAAUCCAUUACCAACUUCUACACAGACCUUCACCCCAUCCAGUCUCCAUGAUUUCACAGAAAUGUUCCUGUAAAUAUUGCUGUACAGUUUAUCACUGUUAUUAAAGCCUGUCAUUGGAGGUCUCACCUGCCUCACCUUCUCACCCCAUGUGAAAGGCAAGGGAAUCUGAAAAGAGCCAACCCUUUAAGGAAAGUUUCAGGGUCAUCUCUGUGUGGGACACUCUGUAUAUUCCUGUAAGAUUGCAUUUUUAUCUAAGGAAUGAUGUUAUUUAAAAAAAACAAAAAACAAAAACCACAAAAUUGCAAAUAAAUUUCUUAACAAUG